AUGUCGUGUAGGCAGGUGGUGAAGCGUGUUAAUUACAAGGCUAAAGUGAGAGAGCCUGGGACUCCUGGUGUUUUAAUUAUGACGGACAACAAGUUUGCGUUCAGGCCAAAUGGUCACACGUCCGCCGCGAAACCAGCGCUCGAUGUGGAGUUGAAACAAAUUAUAGGUAUCAAAAACACUGAGGAGGGAGGAGAUAUACCACCUUGGCUUCAUCUCAGUGAAAAGGACAAAACUUACAUCUUCGAGUUUGCGAGUUUUUGCGAUCUUCAUGAAUGCCGAGAGUUUGUAGCCAAUGCCCUUGCUAAGUGUCGACAAGCUGCAAAACCUACUUCUUCUGAUGAACAAAUCAGUACAACAGAAAUAAUGCACCUUAUGAAGCUAUUACAAGAAGACAGUGAAUUGCAGAGGCUUCAUGUGCAGUAUGUAAUUAGUGGUGUCUUGACAGAAGCUGAGUUCUGGGCAGCUAGGAAGAAGUUUUGCGAUUAUGGAGAUAGCAACCCAAAGCCGAAGCAACGGGUGGUUUUAAAAGCUCAAUGA